UAAAUUAAGGAAAUAGAAAUCUCAACUCCACAUUAUACGUUGAUUGUUGUCUUUAAUAUUCGUAAACUAUUAAAAAGUUUACUGAGAAUUGAUAACAAAGUAUUAUAAUAACAAUUUAAGUGAUUAUAUUGCUGAGAAAUUUGACACCCAGUACAGAAACACAGAACAAGACACAUGCGGUAAUUAACUUAAUUAUUUAUCUGGCGUGUAGAUUCUGUUAACGGGCAAGUUACUUAGGAAUGAGGAUCCGUCAGUAAAGCCCGAACCGCGCAUACGAAUGAGCGCUGCUAUGCGACGGAAGAACGAAUUUUCCAUGGACGGACUUAAAAUGUUAUUACUUAUAUAAAGUAUUAUCAACACGCAUUAUAAAAUUGUUUCUUAAUAAUUGAUAAAAUUAUCGUGAACAUGAUGUUUUUUAUUUUGCUAGCUGUCUUAAUUACUGAUGGUGCUCACACAAGCGAAGACAGCUGUGACCUUCAGGAGCUGAAGUUUUGUGUCGACGCAACACCUCGAACGCAAAUCGGGCUACCCAAGAACAAGGACGAGCUUGAUAACCAUUGCUUAGCUUAUCAUACGGGCAUGAAAUGUAUGGAUACAUGGAUUAAACGUUGUCUGCCAACGGAUGGACAAAAGAUAAUUCAGCAGCAAAUCGGAGGAGCACGAGCGCUUAUGCGUUAUUUGUGUAGCAAUGACACAGCUCUACGUAGAGAUUUUUUGAAGGAGCCGUCGUGUUGGUUGCUGGUGUCAACAGACUGGUCACGAUGUGUAGACGAGCUGCAACUAGCUGCAAGAGAGAUUUCCGAGCGCUCUAACCACAUUGUCUACUUCAACAAGAAUGCUGAGUUGUGUUGUGCCCGCGACGCGUUCUUAUCAUGCGUUAGUCGUGCUGGACGCGCGUGUUCGGCCUCGGCAGGGGCGUUGUUGCGGCGAAUGGCGUGGGUCCUGGCACAGGACGUGGCAGCGUGCAGUCAACAAUCCCGUGCGUAUUGCUCCGCACCUGUGCCGCUCCAGCGCUGCUUACCUCUACUCACAGCUCUGACUGGCAUACUACUUUAUCCUUUAGUGCUUUAGUCACAGAUCUUUAAUUAUAAUUGUAAUAGUAAAUUUUUGUGUAUAAUAUUUAUGUGAAAUGUAAAUACAUUUUAUUUCAAACCCCAGACAAAUAAACAUUUAUAAUUAAAACGGGUUAAGUACAGCGUUGUUAUUAUUUGAUAACAAUUUAUUUUUCAGAUGUACUGAUGAACUUCGUAUGUUGUACUUACUGAAAAUUUAUAAGUUAAUUUGACAA